GCCGGUCCCGGGCAGCCGCUCAGCCCCCUGCCCCCCGCCGCCCGCCGCCUGGGCCGGGCCGAGGAUGCGGCGCAGCGCCUCGGCGGCCAGGCUCGCUUCCCUCCAGCCCGCUUGCUAACUUCCCUGGCUCCGUCCCUGUCCGUCAGCGGGCCGCCCCGUCUCCUCCCGCUCUCUGGUUCGGGUCCUCCAGGCGCGCCGGGCGCUGCCGCCGUGUGCCCCCUGCUGCCAGCCUGCGCGCCCGCGGCCCCCGCCCGCGCCUCGCGCCCGCGCCCCGUCGUCGCCUGGUCAUGCUGCCCCUCUGCCUCGUGGCCGCCCUGCUCCUGGCCUCCGGGCCCGGGCCGAGCCUGGAGGACGAAGCCAUCCACUGCCCGCCCUGCUCCGAGGAGAAGCUGGCGCGCUGCCGCCCCCCCGUGGGCUGCGAGGAGCUGGUGCGGGAGCCCGGCUGCGGCUGUUGCGCCACUUGUGCCCUGGGCAAGGGGAUGCCCUGCGGGGUGUACACCCCGCGCUGCGGCUCGGGCCUGCGCUGUUACCCGCCCCGGGGGGUGGAGAAGCCCCUGCACACGCUGAUGCACGGUCAAGGCGUGUGCAUGGAGCUGGCGGAGAUCGAGGCUAUCCAGGAAAACCUGCAGCCCUCUGACAAGGAUGAGGGUGACCACCCCAACAACAGCUUCAGCCCCUGUAGUGCCCAUGACCGCAGGUGCCUGCAGAAGCACUUUGCCAAAAUUCGAGACCGGAGCACCAGUGGGGGCAAGAUGAAGGUCGUUGGAGUGCCCCGGGAGGAAGCCCGGCCUGUGCCCCAGGGCUCCUGCCAGAGCGAGCUGCACCGGGCCCUGGAACGGCUGGCCGCCUCACAGAGCCGCACCCAUGAGGACCUCUACAUCAUCCCCAUCCCCAACUGCGACCGCAAUGGCAACUUCCACCCCAAGCAGUGCCACCCCGCCCUGGAUGGGCAACGCGGCAAAUGCUGGUGUGUGGACCGGAAGACAGGAGUGAAGCUGCCGGGGGGCCUUGAGCCGAAGGGGGAGCUGGACUGCCACCAGCUGGCUGAUAGCUUCCGCGAGUGAGCCCUGCCAACAGGCAGGGGACUCAGUGCCCCCUGCUACUCUCUCCCCUGGAGGCUGCAGAACUGACCAGGAGCCUGGGUCUGAGUCCUGGCUCUGCCUCUGGCCCAGAAGUUUCCCUCGGGUGUGUGUGUGUGUGUGUGUGUGUGUGUGUAUGUGUGUAUGAGUAUGAGCAUGGGUGUGCCCUUGGGAUGAGCUGGAGCCUAGGGGUGUCCUCUUUGGGUUUAGAUAGCCCAAGAGGUCUGAGAGUGGCAAUGGGGAAGCCCUGGUGUGUUUCCAAAUUGAUCCUGGAUUCAUUCAUUCAUUCAGCCAUCUAGCCACCCAGCCAUCUAAAAACAUUUAUUGACCACGUACUACAUGCCACUUCUAGUUUUCAGCCCUGGGGCCUCUUAUUCUGCCUUCCUCUGAUUUAGGGAUGUGGGGCCACCUCCUAUAAGAUGAGCACAAGCCUGUGGAAGAAGAGAAGUCCCAUUUCCAGAAUCAGAGGAGGAAAGUAGACAUGUACCUUGACAAUUGUCCCUCCUCUCAUUCUAGUCAGAGGGUAGAGGUCAUAGGCAAGGUGUAGGGUGGCAGAUGGCUCAAAGGUCAGGAGACCCAGACCCAUUUCCAAAGCUGAGGCCUGCCAGGCUCCCCUUUUCUUUCUUCCAGGUCCCUCCAGGGGGAAGGACCUACAAAGACAAGCCAAGAUCCAUCUCAGCUUUUGGGUCGAGUGUGGUGCCAUCUGCUUGGUUGCCUGGUAGCCCAGACCCCACUAUGGGGGAGGGAAGAAGGUCGGAGAAAGGUCUGCAGGACAGAGGGCUGGGGAGGUGGGGCCCAUCUCUGAGCAGUCAAGAUUGGAGGAAAGAAUGCAUGGUCAGACUGUAUGUGCCUGAUGGAGAAGAGGACCCACAUUCCGGGGGUGAGGGACUUGCCUUGGGUCUUGCUUCCUUCCUCAUUUGUGGUCACAGCCAUGAGGUCACCAGGAUGACUCCAUCCUUCAGUGGCUCACACUCUGUGGCUCUGCCUCCCUCCCCACAUCUCUUUCCCCUGCACCCCCCUCCCCCACACUGCCCUACCCCCUGGGCAUUUUCUGGCUUGACUGGAUAGAAGGAGACUUAGGGACCUACCAGUUGGCCAUAGUGUCUUUUCUUUUUCUUUUGUGUUUUUUUUUUUUUUUUUACAAAACAAAACAAAAAUCUA